CAAAAGAUCGAGCCUAGCAGAGCUUAUUAUACUUUAGUCGAUCCGCCUGGAGUAGCGUUUUUUCUUACUUUCCUAUCCACCCGUCCUGUUCGUCUGUGUCUUAACUGCUCUCAUCAGAUCUUGUCCUCGUAGUGUCUAUGUUGUGGCUUUGUGUCAGCUAAUGUCAGCCUGAGCCAUUUCAGCGAUCACUUCGGCUAAACACGUUAGCCAGGUUAGCUUCUUAGCUAACCAGCUCUGGCUGACUCAAUACGAACCAGCGAAGCCAGUUAGCUUACCCUGCAAGCUAGCUAGCUUGGCUAAGGCCCUUUUAAAGCUCGACACUGACCGACUCCAGCGGUUCUGGCUUGUUACUGACAAGCCAUUUCACUAAAAGCCGUGUGAUAGCCAUGUCUGGACAGUCAACGGGCUGUGGGUUUCUGAUGUCGGUCGUUGUCCACGGAGACUCUGCUCUGAACGAGCAGGAAAAAGAGCUAAACCAGCGACUUCGACGGCUCUAUCCGGCCGUUAACGAAAACGAGACCCCACUUCCACGCUCCUGGAGCCCAAAAGACAAGUUCAGCUACAUCGGACUGUCUCAGAACAACCUCCGUGUUCACUAUAAAGGUCAUGGCAAGACCCCCAAGGAUGCUGCAUCUGUACGAGCCACCCAUCCCAUCCCAGCCGCCUGCGGGGUCUACUACUUUGAGGUGAAGAUUAUCAGUAAAGGCCGAGAUGGGUACAUGGGAAUCGGCCUCUCAGCUCAGGGUGUAAAUAUGAACAGACUCCCUGGUUGGGACAAGCACUCGUAUGGUUACCAUGGCGACGACGGCCACUCCUUCUGCUCGUCUGGCACCGGGCAACCCUACGGACCCACGUUUACAACAGGCGACGUGAUUGGCUGCUGCGUGAACCUCAUCAACAACACCUGCUUUUACACAAAGAAUGGCCACAGCCUAGGUAUUGCCUUCACAGACCUACCACCAAACCUGUACCCGACCGUGGGCCUUCAGACACCAGGGGAGGUGGUGGAUGCAAACUUCGGCCAGCACCCAUUUGUUUUCGACAUUGAGGACUACAUGCGAGAGUGGAGGACAAAGAUCCAGGCCCAGAUUGACAGAUUCCCCAUCGGAGAACGGGAGGGCGAGUGGCAGUCCAUGAUCCAGAAAAUGGUGGCUUCAUAUCUGGUGCACCACAGCUACUGCGCCACAGCCGAGGCCUUCGCUAAAUCCACGGACCAGGCCGUGCACGAGGAACUCGCCUCCAUCAAGAACAGACAGAAGAUCCAGAAGUUGGUGUUGUCGGGUAGAAUGGGCGAAGCCAUCGAGACCACCCAGCAGCUCUACCCCAACCUCCUUGAAAGGAACCCAGACCUCCUCUUUAUGCUCAAGGUGAGACAGUUCAUAGAGAUGGUGAAUGGGACCGACAGCGAGGUGAGGUGUCUCGGAGGACGCAGCCCGAAGUCUCAGGACAGUUACCCUGGCUCCCCCCGGACUUUCAGCAGCCCCAGCCACAAAGCCAGCAGCUCCCAGCCCUACCUUACAGGGUUUGACAGCAACUGCUGUAAUGGUGUGACAUCCAAUAAGAGCCACAGCUCCUCCCCUCACAGUCACAAGCCCUGCCCCCCCAGCUCUGGCCCCGCCCUCCAGGGCUCUGACAUCAGCCUGAACGGGAGCCGCAGCCAGCAGCCCAUCACCAGUAAUGAUGUGGACAUGGAGAUCGACCACUUCACCAACGGAGUGACUGAGUCCUCCUCCAAUGGCUUUCUGAACGGUACCUCCAAGCACGCCACAGAGCCCGACGACUGUGAUGCAGACAUGGAGGUGGAGUCGACUCAGUCCAAGAGGCAGCUGUGUGGCGGGAGCCAAGCGGCCAUCGAGAGAAUGAUCCAUUUCGGCAGGGAGCUCCAGAGCAUGAGCGAACACCUCCGCCGGGAGUGCGGCAAGAACUCAGCCAACAAGAAGAUGUUGAAGGAUGCGUUCAGCCUGCUGGCCUACUCUGACCCCUGGAGCAGCCCAGUGGGCUACCAGCUGGACGCCGUUCAAAGAGAGCCGGUCUGCUCCACCCUCAACAGUGCAAUACUAGAGACUCACAACCUCCCCAAGCAGCCCCCCCUGGCCCAGGCUGUGGGCCAGGCCGCCCAGUGCCUCGCCAUCAUGGCACGAACUGGCAUCGGCUCCUGCGCCUUCGCCUCUGUGGACGAUUACCUGCACUAGCCACACACACACACACACACACUCUUACACACACUCACCCUAUCUGAAGGCUCAUCCAGACAUGUCCUCCUGCUCCAUCAGUGAUUUCCUGGAAGCUGUGGAGACCUUUCUCUGCACCAUGUGGAGAGUAAACCAACUCACCUGCUGCUUGUUCUGCUUUUUCCAAUCAGCAUUAAUGCAGCAGAGGAUCAGGAGUCGUUUCUGGAUGGUUCUUCAGAGAUCCCACCACAUACAUUUAAAACAAACAAACGCCACCUCCACCUCCAUCGUCGUAAAUAAUAAGUACGCCUUCCCCCUGGUCUCCCUCAGCCCUCGGGGGCUGCUGUGUUUGCAUCCUCCUGACAGUGUGAAGGGGGCUGGGGGCAGCUUUCAAAGUGAAAAUACUGAGGCGAACUUGUGUAGACUCAGAGAAGCUUCCCUGCAUACAUGGGGGGCACUGAGGCAAAAACGCAAAAAACCCGGAUCCAACCUAAAAAAAAAAAAAGGGUCCCCAGUGACCGUGGUUUACCAGGCGAACAUGCACACAUACUGCAGACCCCCCACUGAGGACGGGUCUGAGGAGUCCCUAACCACAGAGGCUCCCUGAGCGCUCACACCGCAGCCAAUCGCAGCCCUGCACCCUCCCACACCCGACUUCGGGACACGGGCAGAGAUCUGACGCAUGUGGACUCGGGACUUCCAGGAAGCCGGAGAGAAUCUGCAAGUCUCGACUUAAUGUUUCCCGUUUUUAAUCUUUUUAGUUUCUUUGUGUUUGUUUUGUUUUUGGAGCAAACUUUGUGGGUAGGGGGCGCUGUGGAGGAGGGUUCACCUGGCUCUUCUUAUUUUGGUUUUAGUUUGUUUUUCCAGGUUUACAAGGCAUGGUGCAGACGAUAAUGAUGAUUAUUUUUAUUAUUCUAAUUAUCAUUAUAUUGAUCAUUGUUACUUGCAUUCACAGUAUAUUUGUUGAGCGCCAGCGAGAGCGAGUUCCACCAACUUAUAAUAAAGGUCCCAAUUCCACCGAUUUCCCAGUGACCAGUGUGUGUACAUGUAAACGUUUCUAUAUAGCAAAGUGGAAAUAUAUCAAUAGAGCAACAUAUUUAGUUACCAAAAUAAAAAAAACCUUUAAUACUUUUCCUGACACCAGCAAACCCCUGAAGCAGGCUGGUUCCGUCUAGUUAUUUCUGUUUGCAGUUGGACUCCAGGGCUCCUGUGCAGGUAGUAAAGUGAUCAGUGAUCUCUGUUGAUCCCCUCCAAACCCUCGGCUGUAAUGCAAACAUUUAUCUUUGUUUUCCUGUUUGUCUAUUUGCUGCAUAGUUGUCCAAAUUGUCGUUUUGUUUCUCCGUUAAGAAGACUAAGAUCCAACCAGGCAGCUGAUGAUUGCCCCACAUCGGUACAAAUGAAACCGAGCUCUCUGAAUCGGAUUUGGAUCAGAACAAACAGACCUGAGGCCUGUACUCCCAAGCAGGAUUAGUGUGCAACAUGUAACUUUAGGUUUAGUUCAGGAUUCUCAGAACUACAAAGCUGGUCAACAUCUCACCUGGGUUUAUCACCAUGGUAACUGAUGCUGGAAACCUAAUCUGCUGCAGAUUAGAGAGCAGUAUAUGAAGACACAGCCUGUUAACCAAUUAAAACACAGGAAAAUGGCGGGGAGUGAUUGAAGGGCUCAUCCUGAGUCACGUUAGGUUUGGAUCUCCAAGCAGAAGAUGAUCGAGUUGAUCUCAUUUCUUUACUUGUGCCGUAAAGAGAUGCUUGUUUCUUUUGAAUCUACUGCAGAUUAAUGUUCUGGUUCCGUUUGCCUCAUGGAAGCCAUUUAGGAAGUUCAUAAAGAGGGCUUGAGAUGGGUUUAUAUGUAGAUCCAAAAUAAACCUUUACUGUGUUUUAAGGCUUUUUAAAUGCAUCCCCAGCACAUUUAGGACAGAAGAACCGCCUGCUGGACUCGUUUACCUUCGAGCAAAGAUCAUCUAAAACAGUGGAAACCUUGAGACCCAAGCUUUCUCCAACGUCUCGAUAACUGCAGUGUUCGGCCCGUUGUGGAUUCUGGGAUGUGAUGGAUCACGCUGUAUCUAAAACCUGGUUUAAGUUCAGGGGUUUUACACGUUCUGGGAAAGCCUGGGAAAAGGGUGUAAUUUGCUUUGUGUUUCCAGGUCUGGAUGUGAGAGGAAAUCUCUCAUUGGCCACGCAUCAGUUGAAACCCAAAUAUGAGACGAGCAAUGGUUCAACAACCCCAGACUAAAUGCAAUAUUCUGGGCGACCCGCUGCUGAGUCAGCUGAGCCAAACUGAUCAGAACCACAAUCAACUAAAACAAGCUGCAAUAAAAUCUACAUAAACUGAAGGUUUAUUUGAUGUAAUAUUUGAACUUUUGAUGAUAUUUUCCCUCCAUCAUUGAUUAACAUCUUUAGCAAGAGAAAUAAAUUGAUCUGUGAUGAUUAAACACAUCCAGCUUGAAUAAAAUCAGCCAAGAGGCUGUGAAACACGCAGAAAUGGAUUAAAGUUUAAACCAGAAUCAUUUCUUCAGGACAAACAUCACUCAGUUUGGUCUGCUCAGUUAGGAUAAACUGUUUAAUCUGCAAAUCUUUGUAACUUCCAUGUAUUAAAAAUCUUAGAUCCUAGAAAUCAGUCUGGUAAAAUUAAACAUGGAAAAUCUAAAGAAAGCUUGUAUCUUCAUCCUGCUUCAAAGUGCAGAUUUCAGGUCUGAUGGUGGCCUCUGAAAGGUGAUGCAGAUCCAACUAACAUUCAGGGAAAACAUGUUUCAUCAGCAUCGAAGUUUUUAAAGUCUGCAGACUGAGGAGCGGGAUGCCAGUCCAUCACCUACUGCUGAGCUGAAUUUGGCCUGACCCAUAAACAGCACAGAUGCAUGUGAUCCAUUUAUAAGACAUAAUAUAAAGGAAGCCGCUUUAGUGAAGCAAAACAUCUCGGCUUGAAUCGAACAUCAAGUGUCUCGCCACAGCGACUAGAAAGGAAAGGCAAAAGAGUUGGAAGAUUUAUCCAACGGUAAAGCAUGGUGGUGGCAGUAUGAUGUUCUGGGCCUGUUUUUCUGCGAAACGCAUGGAAGUAAUGAAGAUGUUAUGAGUAGAUCGUUACCUCUUUAUAGUUGUAAGAAUCUGAGAAUUUCUUUCUGGAUGUUUCGGAUCUUUAUUAUCAGGAGCAGGAAAGCAGGCAGAAAAAACCCAAACCUUCAUGAUCAUCUUUCAGGUUCUUAUAGUCUGUCUGUUUUCAGCUGUAGAACCCAGCCAGGCGUCCCUGCAGGGAGAACAUCUCCCAAAGACUCUUCUCUCUCCUCUUAGUGCUUUAAAGACCAUGAAGAGCGCUCAGUAUUGUCAUCUGCACUGUGGCUCCAACAUUAAACCAAAUAUUUUGGGAAGAAACCUGCACAGCUGUAUGUUGUAGGCCUCACAGCUGGCGGGGGGGGGGGGUGGGCUUUGUUACAAACCUGUCUGGUUCCCAGUACUCCUCCAGGUGGAACUGGGCUUUUCUGUAUCCUGUUCUGUUUUCCUUGUUUUUUUAUCUCUUGUUUUUCGCAGCUCACAAGCAGUCAAAAAAAAAAAAAAAAAAAAAAAUCCAGACAAAGUGUCUGUUGUCUCUAAGGUCUGAAACCUAUGCAUGCCAUAGUAAAGUGGUGGUAAGAUCAAGUUAGAUGUCUCAUUUAUUUUUCUCCUGUUUGGUUCUCCUCCUCCUCGCCAGUUCAUGGUGUUUAAGGAAGAUGGCAACCAGUACGUUGUCCACUGCUGUGUCCAUUUGGAGAUGAUUAAAACAAUGUGCAAUUUGUGUGAGGGUGAAAAGAUUUCUAUUAAAAACUGAUGACGGCUA